UUCCAGUAUCAGCAGGCGGGGGUUUAGUCACUCAAUAAACAGCUGUUCGUCAUUUGAAAAAUAAACUUGGAGCCGCGAUGUGGAUUGUGUACGCUUUAGUGGUACACGUACUACUCCUGGGCUCCAUAUUUGUGAUUUACUUUCGCUCGCCGGUGAUCACAGACCUGAAGCCGCAGAAGGAACUCCUGUCGUACGGAUUAGAAGCUCCGGCGAAUCGCCUUGUGCUUAUUGUAACGGAUGGAUUCCGCGCCGACUCCUUCUUCGAGAGCAACUGCGCCAAUGUGCCGCACUUGCGAGAAAUCUUUAUACGUGAGGGCUUGGUCGGCGUAUCACGCACCCAUGUGCCCACAGAAUCUCGCCCCGGACACAUAGCCCUCCUGGCCGGACUCUAUGAAGAUCCUUCGGCUGUGCUGCGCGGCUGGAAGAAGAAUCCCGUCGACUUUGACACGAUCUUCCAUCGAGUUAAGCAUGCCUACUCCUGGGGAGCCGAGGACAUCAUCGAGGUGUUUGAACAUCUCUCCAACGGCAAGAAUAAGCACUUUCGAUUCUACACACAGCACCUGGACUUCUCGCCAGGAUAUGAGACCUACCAGCUGGACGACUGGGUGCUCAAGAAAGUGAAACUUUUGUUGGAGAGAAAAGGAGAAACCCUACGUAGAGCCAAGCCUGUGAUAUUUUUCCUUCAUCUUCUGGGACUGGAUACUGCUGGACACGUUCACAAACCGGGGACACCCAAAUUUCUUCAGAAUGUCGAGAAGACGGAGCGUGGCAUUUACGACAUUUAUCACGAGUUUGAGAAAGCUUUCCCCGAUAAGCGCACGACCUAUUUACUGACUUCUGAUCACGGAAUGACUGAUUCUGGCUCCCAUGGCGCUGGCACGCCUCACGAAACAGACACUCCUUUCAUGCUGUGGGGCGCGGGGGUUUCUCGCGUAGCCCCCCAUCCUGGUCGCAGUUUCAAGGCCAGUGAAGGAGAUAAACUAAUGCCACUGCAUGAGGUGGAGCAGGCCCAGCUCACGCCUCUAAUGACAUCCCUGUUGGGCGUUCCACCUCCCAUGAACAACUUUGGUGUACUGCCCUUUGGCUUCAUGAACGUCAGUAGGGAGUACGAGGCCACGGCGGCCCAUGUUAAUGCCCUGCAGCUCCUGGAACAGUAUACGAAACUUCAGCAGGAGCACAUGAAGGGACUGUUCUCGAAGAUACUACCAGAGUUUAGUAUUCUUUCCACCGAGGCAAUCGAGCAGUACAAGACUAAGAUUCUGAUUCUGCACAAGCGGAGAGAAUACAUGGACUCGUUGGCCACGACCCAGUUGGUUAUGUGGGAGGCCUUACAGGGCAUCGAUUACUACCACGGCUACUACCGCAGGGUUCUGUUGCUGAGCACGACUUUGACGUUCUGUGGUUGGAUCUUCUACUUGUAUCGGAUGCUUUCGAAUAAUCGCGCGACCUUUAUGGAGGCGACACUAGAUAAGAGCAGCAGGCUGGUUCGACUGAGCCUUGGAGGCACUUUUGUCGUCUUGGUACUGUUCUUGAUAGCGCAGCGGGCGCCAGCACCAAUCUCCUUCUACCUACUGCUGCCACUGCCUGUCUGGCUAAUAGCCCUGCAGCCUGGAAGUCCUAAAGGCUCCUCCGCUGCCAGCCAGAAUGCUUAUAGCUCCCUAACGGGGCAGACCACAAAGUGGCAAAUCCUACUCAUUAUUGGUUGUGCCGAACUGAUGGUGUUCACCUUCUUUGAGCGGCGACUGAUAUCUCUGGGCUAUGUGGCCUUCGCCUGCAACAGUGGAUGGAGCAACUUUCCAAAGAAGUCGGCAGAGUUUUACGCAUGGAUGGCUCUGGUACUGAUGUUGGCCUGCUUCCCGCUGCUCCCCAUCUCGGUUGGCUAUCAGAAUCGCUACCUUCUGCUGGCUGGGGUGAUUGUGAUCCUCGGAAACUCGUUGUGGAAUGAGGAGAAGCGCAAGAACUACAGCAAGCACACGAAAUAUUGCAACUCACUGAUCCUAGUCGACACCAUGGUGUGCGCUUAUCUCCACACCAACAUGAUAAGCAUUCCCGUGGCCCUGCAGGUUACCAGCUGGCUGUUCCUGGGCUAUGCCUUCAUCUCCAUUGCGCUGAACAAGGAGUCCCGGCUGGAGGUGCGUCUGGCUCAGAUCGGAUUCAAUUUGGGCUCCCUCUACGCCACCCUGUGCACAUCCUACGAGGCAAUCUUCAUCCAGCUGCUCACCAUCGAGCUGGGACUCUCGCUGAGUGCCCAGAACUCGCUGGCGGACAAAUCUGUGCUCCGCCUGGCCUUCAGCCUACUCCUGUACACAUUCUUUUCGUUCUUUGGCACCGGAAACAUCGCCUCCGUCAGCUCCUUUGAUCCCAACAUUGCCAGAUGCUUCCUCAGCCACUUUGCACCGUUUGUGAUCAUGGGUCUGGUGCUGCUGAAGCUACUGCUGCCGGUGGUGGUGCUUAUGGCUGUGGUCUAUGCCCAGAGCGAAUUCGUCCGCCAGCACGAGCAGCAGAUCUUCAUCUGCCUGCUGAUUAUCUGUGAUGUGAUGGGACUGAACUUUCUGUUUUUGGUUCGCAACCAGGGCUCUUGGCUGGACAUUGGCUCCUCGAUAUCCCACUUUGUAAUCAUGGAGGUGACCACACUGGUGCUCCUCCUGCUGGCCUAUGCCGCCAAGUUGCUGUUGCACCUGAUUCCCUGCGAGGGAAUCGCCUCCAAGUUGCAUUAGGAUUAAAGGUUCAAAUUAUUUAUAUAAGUUAAUAAAAAACCAAACUGUAAGCUAAGCUUAAACAUUUAUGUCAGAUAAUAUUUACAACACUAAUUAAAAAUUAGUAACAUACACAUGUAAAUCGUAGAAUCUAUAUGCUAGGAAUGUGUGUGUGUGGAUCAGGAUGGAUUGAUUUUCUUUCAGAAGUCUUCUAAUAUUUUUUAAGUUAAAUCACAUUUUAAUACAAGAAACAACA